UGUUGUUUCGGCGGUGAACGGACGUCUUUAUGCGAGUGCGCAGCGUUUUUUAUUGUAUCAGAAGACAACUAAUUAAUAAAUCAUAAAAAUAAUUGCUAUUAAUUGUUGUGAAGAAAUACCGUUGUGCUGCAUUAUUAAAGCAAAGCUCUCCAGCCACAUUAUCAUCGCCGUUGGGGUUUUUGAGUAUAACGAGUCCGAUUCCGAGUUGGAUUCGUGCGCGCGUCGCUUACCUGCAAUCGCAAAUUGCCAACAGUUGAAUAUUUAAAAGUUUGCCCGCUUGCAAUUAGUGAAAAAGUGUUAACUGUGUGUAUGUGUAUUCAGUAUCAGUAUAUACGAAAAGGCGACAAAGCAAACCAGUUAGUUGCCAUCCAGUUUUGAUACAUUUGUUCAAAUCUGAGUAGCUUUGCUGUGUUACAUUUUCAACCCGGCCAAUCACACACACACAUACAUACAAUACCCAACAAUAGUUCAAACAGAUUUCAAUUCUUGGCUAAUAGUAUUAAAGCUGUUCGCCUGCCGAUCGCUAUGCAAAAUUAAACAUAAAUAUUGACUUGUUUGUUGAACGUGUUGCAAAAUUCCAAAAAUUGUGUGUCCCCCAAUCCCUUCAGAGAGAUUGUACUCAUACACAGAAACAGAAGCUGAGAAGUAGCAAGAAGAUGAAUAAAACCUGUGCGCGGUGUCAAAAGGUGGUUUAUCCCAUCGAGGAGCUGAAAUGUCUGGACAAGACAUGGCACAAAACGUGUUUCAAAUGCACAGAAUGCGGAAUGACGCUCAAUAUGAAAACUUACAAGGGCUACAACAAAAUGCCAUACUGUGAGGCGCAUAUACCCAAGGCCAAGGCAACGGCAAUUGCAGAUACGCCCGAAUUGAAGCGCAUUGCUGAAAAUACGAAAAUUCAAUCGAAUGUGAAAUACCAUGCGGAUUUUGAGAAGGCCAAAGGCAAAUUUACACAGGUGGCAGACGACCCGGAAACGUUGCGCAUCAAGCAAAACACGAAGCACAUAUCGAAUGUGGCAUAUCAUGGCGAUCUGGAGAAGAAGGCCGCCAUGGAAAAGCAACGUGGAUCCGCCGAAGUCUCUGACAGCAGCAACGAAUCGGAAUAUUUCUCAGAGCAAUUGGCAGCUGAACAAUUCUCGCAAUAUGCACCCACAGUUUCGCCUGUUCCGCCAGCAGUACUGCAACAGCAGCACCAACCACAGCAUCAGCAACAACAGCAGUACCAGCCGCAACAACAACAACACCAACACUAUGUGCAACAGCAACAACAGACUCUGCCACCGCCACCAAUACAACACCAGCAAUACAACACGGCGGCCAUAACGCCAACAUAUCAACACCAACACCACCAACAACAACAACAACCACAGCAACAGAUACCACAGCAGCAGCAGCAACAUAGCAACAGCCACAGGCAACAGCAACAGUUGCAGCAUGAUCCUUAUGCACACUAUCAGCAACCGCAGGCAUUGCGCCAGCAACAGUUGCUGCAACACCAACAACAACAACAGCAACAUGCCAUUAAACAAGCCUCACAUCUGUAUCCCACAGCAACAUCGCAGCCACAGCAACAACCACAGCAGCAGCCCCCACAGCAACAGCAGCAGCUACAGCAACAACAACAGCUACAGCAGCUACAGCAACAACAACAACAACAGCCGCAGGCGGUUAACAACUACAAUCAGCUGCGCUCGGCAAUUUUGCACAACUCGCAUCAUCCCAGUGGCAAUGCUGUUGAUCAGUUUGAUCACAAUCAGAGUUCAACAGCAACAUUGCAACAUCAACAACAGCAGCAGCAACAUCAACAACAGUUACAGCAACAACAGCAAUUGCAACUGCAACAACAGGCAGCACCACAGCAACAACACUCGCACAGCAGCCUGUUGAACAACAAUGCAAGCAACGGCAGCAUUCACAGCAGCAGCAGCAACAACAACAAUGGCGGUCUCGCACAUCCGCAUCCGGCCAGCCUCAGUUAUCCACAGCAAACACGCUCCCAGGCCAGCAUGCACAGCAGCAAUGCAUCAAGCAAACAUCAACUGCAACAGCAGCAGCAGCAACAACAACAACCGAGCAGCGGCAACUUGCAACAACUUUAUGUGGCAUCCAAUUAUAGCGCUGUGACACCAUCGGAGAAUGCAUUGGGCGCCAAGUUACAGGCGAGCAAUGGACAUUUGCCGGUUGCUGUUAGCUCACAGCAACAUCAGAGCAGCAACAACAUUGGCAAAAUUGCCGACUAUGAUCCAUUGACAGAUGGACCAAGACCCGUGCCAACUGCGGGCAGAUCGACCACAACGUUGGUCUACAGCUCGGAUCAACGCGGAUCUGGAGGCAUUGGCAACAGUGUUUAUCCCAAGCGUAUUGGCUCCAUCUCGGAUAUUGAUCCCGCCAAUGGCAUUUAUGGUUCAUUGAGCAGCGCUGAGCAGGCUCAGGCCCAGAAACAACAACAGUACUAUCAGCAGGUGCAAAUGAUGCAACAGCAGGAGCAACAACAACAGCAGCAGCAACAGGUGCGUCAACAACCCUCCUAUGAUACGCUCCAGGAGAAACAGUCACGACAAAGCACAAUGCAGCGCAUUUAUCGCGCCAUUUACGACUACGAGGCGCAGGAUGUCGACGAAGUGAGCUUUCGUGAGGGCGAUGUCAUCUUUGAGGUGGAAUCAAUUGACUCCGGCUGGAUGACUGGACGCGUGGAGCGCACUGGCAAAACCGGCAUGCUGCCCGCCAACUAUGUGGAGCAGGCGGUUAUAUAAUAGG